AUGAAUCGUCCUUCACCAGUGAACUGUGGGGCAUCUAAGCUUGGAGCCUGGGUAGUCCAGACUGUGCUCAAUGAAAAAGGUCCCCCACGCGGCCAGGAAAAGCGCGAGGCAGGUCGGCGGGCGGCGCCCCGCUCCUCCCCGGGGGCCGGGCACACGUGGGCCCCCGGCGCCGCCUCCCUGCGCGUCCCCACCCAGCGGGCCGCCCCCGCCGCCGCCGAGCGGCUGGGGAUAAAGUGGCGGCGCAGACGCCGCGCCCUAUCGCUGCGCAGCCGGCCGCGCGCAGAUAGGAGCCGCCGCCAGGGGUCCCCUGCGCGCGUGUGCGUGCGCACGAGUGUGCGCGCGUGUCAGCGUGUGCGCGUGAACGCGCCCCUCGCGCCCUCGCACCAACCCCCAAACAGACUUGUGCCCGUCAACUGCAUCUUCCCAGACCGGUGUGGGAACAACGGCCAGGUCCACGUCCUGUGUGGCGUGCUGAUGACAGCCGCGAGGCUUCCUUCCCCAAGCGGUCGCGGGCGGGCAGGAGGCAAAGUUUGUCGGAGAAUCGGGGUGACUUUGCUCGGGGACCCGCAUCUGCGCGAAUGCGCGGUGCCGCGGAGCGCGUCUCGCAGCAGCUCCGGGCUGGGGACCGGCUGUCCCUCGCUCCCGGAACCCCUUCAGGGGUGUGUUCUGGAAAAGUGGCGACAUGAGCUAGAGCUGGAGCAGCAGGAGGGAGCAGCUCGCACCCCUGCAGCCCAGGCGGGGAGGGCGCGGACCCCGUGGUGCUGCCCUGCGGCCGCGAUGAGGGAACAGCCCUCGUUUGCCUGGCGCUGAUACUCGAGG